UUCCCAGCUUGGGCUGAAACUGGCGGCUAUUUUGUAAAAUUAAAACUUUCGUGUUUAGCAAGUUAUAGUCAUCCUAAUUGUGAAAAAUAUUUAAAUAGUAUUGCAUCUGUUAGUAAAGAAAGAAGAAGACAAUGCCAAUAUUCAAAUCCAUGGAUUAUUCAUCCUUUCAGUGUCAUUCGGUUCUACUGGGAGACAUUGAUGACAUUUAUUUAUGCGCUCUCAUUUAUUAUAAUUCCAUUUAUGACAAGUUUCAUAGUAUUCGAUUUUGAAGUAAUUAGACUUGAUAGAAUUAGUUUUAUUUUUUAUUUUUUUUUUUGGAUUGACAUUUCAUUGAAUUUUAUUACUGGAGUUUAUUGCAGAGAUAAAAAAAUAAUAAUUCUCGAUCAAAAAAACAUUAUUCAAAAAUAUAUCCGUGGGUAUUUUUUUAUCGAUGUAAUAACGUCUUUGCCUUAUGAUCAUAUUACUUAUCAAUGGAGACAACUUCCAGGGCCAAACACUUCAUAUGUAAUUGUUAUUUUAAAUAUUUUACCAAUAUUUAAAUUCAUAAGAUAUUUAACUUUCCACAAUUAUGUUUCGCAAUUGUUUGAAUAUUUCCAGAUAGCAGAUUUCAAUUGCCGUAUAAUUAAAAUUUUAUUGAUAUCAGCAUACUUAAUUUAUUGGUUCACAUGUUUAUGUUACCUUAUACCAGUACUUGUAAUGCAUUUUGAUCAAGUUUCCGUUUACGAUUGUGAGUGCUGGUUAAUUAAUAUUGUCAAUGAUGAUAUUCCCACACGAUUCAAAAGUUCAUUUUUUAUAAUCCUUCAAAAUUUUAUGACUACGGGAAUUCGUGCAAUUGAACCUGAAUUUACUAUUCAUACAAUUAUUUGUACUUUGUUAAUGAUUUUGGGACGAUUUUUUUGGAUUUAUAUUAUCAUAAUGUUUCUUCAAAUUUAUAAUGAUAAAAAUACAUCACAAUCUGGUUAUCAAGAGACGAUGAGCCAAAUAUUAGCAUAUACGAGACAAAAACAGAUGCCGCAUUAUAUGAGAAAACGUAUUGAGUCUUAUUAUUCUUAUCGAUUCAAAAAUAGUUAUUUUAGAGAAAAAAAAAUUUUAUCAAAUUUGUCUGAAAUUUUACGUGAAGAAAUAACAAUUUAUUCAUGCCGUCGCUUAAUAGAAAAUUCAAUUCUUUUUCGUAAUUUACCAAAAGACAUUAUCACUUCAAUAGUGUCAAAAUUAAAAUUUGAAAUUCACUUACCCAAUGAUUUAAUUUUUAAAGCUGGUAAUUAUGGUGAUUGUAUGUUUUUUUUAAGCUCUGGAACAGUUGCACUAUUCACUCCCACUGGAAAAGAGAUUUGUCAUUUAAGUGAAGCUUCUUAUUUUGGAGAAGUUGCAUUACUGGUACAGGAUCAACGAAGAAUAGCAAGUGUAAUUGCUAUUGAAGUUUGUGAAGUUUACAGACUUGAUCGUCGUGAUUUUCGUAGAUAUGUUGCAGUCCAUCCUGAAUUAUUUGAACAAAUUGAACGUGUUGCGAUGACAAGAAUGGAAAAAGCAAUACUUAUUGAAGAACAAAAUAAAAGAAAUCCUUUUAAACGUAAUCAUCGUUCUAAUUAGUGUUUAUUUUUUAAU